AGUAGAGGGCUGGUGGAUGUAUUUCAGAUUUGGAAGCCGUUCCAUCAAAUACACAGAACCAGGCACCCACACACUCAUUCGUUAAAUAUUCGUUUUUUGUUAUUUUUACAAAAUAGAAUUUGUCAAAAUUUUUUUGGUGGUCCUUAGAGGCGUUUCCUUGUAUUCAUGUAUUAAAUAAAAUGUGGAUGCAAAUAGGCAGUCGUGCUUUUUCAUCUGGCACUAAUAAGAGAAGACGAAGACGGGAAGAUGGCCAAGGAGAGGAGCGAUCUCUGACCCAGGUUCCUGCCAGUUCCCCAACAGGUUCCUCCAGCAACAAUGUCUUCCUGGCGAAUCCCUCGAUGAACGAACUGAUGCGAACUAUUCACCACACUGCCGCCUCCAAGGAUGAUCUGCAAGGUGUGGUGGUCCUGGGAACCCGUAUCCUCGACAUGGAUCUGUCUGAUUUUGAUGAGGAUCCAGAUGACGAGGACAUGGAUGAGAUGAAAGAUUGUUUGGAAAUUAUUCGUUUGCAACUUGGUCAUGAACGGCUAACCCGUGGCCAGGGACACAGUAAAUCGCAUCACCUGCGCGGCACUAAGGACUCCAAGGAUAAUGAAAUUGAUCUGCAUCGGACCCUGUCGGUGGAUGGCUUCAGCCACGCCCAUCGAAGCCUGCAGGACACGUCCGACUGCCUGCUGUGGGAGGUGCACUCCGAGGGAGCCCUGAUACCACUGCCAGGAAUCGAUUCGACGCUCGCCGAACAGAUGGUGCUCCUGAAGCCGGUGUGUGAGCAGGUCCUGCGGCAAACGGAGCUCCUGUCUGGCCACCGGAUGUGUCUCGACCAGAGGGAUUCCGACUCGAGCAGUACUUGGAGUCUUUUGGCCAAUGGGGGGAAGUAUAUCGUUUCACGUACGAUCUCCGCUUCGCAGUCGGGCGCGCCUUCAACUUCGCCUUCCAGCCGGGAGUUAGAAAAGGAGUCGGAGAAGCAAAAAUCAGAAGGACUCUGGUACUGGAUCAAUCUGGCCCACAUUCUCAUGGUAAUUGCCUGUCUGCGUGGAGUGUUUUAGGAGGAAUAUAUCCUCAUUAUUACCAAUGACAAACACGAUUUUUAUAAUUCACAAAACUCUGCAACAAAAGGAGAAUAUUUCAAAGAUUGCAUCAGAAGUUGAAGGAGAACGCGUACAUGAAACACCAAUCAUUCUUAACAUAUCCUUAAAAUCAAAAUAUGUAUUUCCAAAAUCUAUGUUAAAUUUUAUUUAAAAACAAA